CAGUAAUAAUUCAGCCGCGUUUGCAUGCAGAUGUCAUCUAAUUUUAUUUAAACUAGAAAAAAAAAGUCAGCCAUUUAAAAAAAUAGGCAACAAAAAAUAACACCUAGCUAGUUAAUUAAAAAUGUCUACCGAAAUGUUAACGGUUGCGGAAAAUGGCCUCAGUGAAAUGGAAAUGCAAAAUGUCGAAACCACCGCCGCCGAUUUGGGAAAUAAAACGUCCAGUGAUUCGAAAAUCUCGACGCGCAACAGUUCCGAACGUAGUUUACCUUUGCGUAGUUACAGCAAAUGGUCCCCUGCCGAACAGGGUGCAACGCUCGUUUGGCGUGACCUGUGCGUUUACACAACCUCGGGUGGUUCGGGUUUAAGCAAAAUGAAAAGAAUUAUCAAUAAUUCCACUGGAGCUGUUCAACCAGGAAAUUUAAUGGCUCUCAUGGGUUCAAGUGGUUCUGGAAAGACAACGCUCAUGUCAGCCUUGGCAUUUCGACAGACUGCCGGAACAAUAGUCCAAGGCGAUAUUCUAAUAAACGGUAGAAGAAUAGGCCCUUUUAUGCAUCGACUAAGUGGAUAUGUCUACCAAGACGACUUAUUCAUAGGACAGCUCACAGUUUUGGAGCAUAUAAACUUUAUGGCACAUCUUCGCCUUGAUAGGCGCGUCAGCAAAGCAGAAAGAAGAAUUAUAAUAGCUGAGUUAUUAGAAAGAACUGGUUUGAUAGGCAAGGCUAACACAAGAAUCGGAGGUGGAGAUGAUGAUAAGGUCCUUUCGGGAGGUGAACGCAAGCGACUUGCCUUUGCAGUUGAACUCCUCAACAAUCCUCUGAUAUUAUUUUGCGAUGAGCCCACAACUGGAUUGGAUUCGUUUAGUGCACAACAAUUGGUCCAAACGCUCUAUGAUUUAGCCAAAAAAGGAACUACAAUCCUAUGCACUAUUCAUCAGCCUUCAAGUCAGCUAUUUAACAUGUUCAACAAUGUUCUUCUCCUGGCUGACGGCCGAGUAGCUUUUACUGGUUCCCCAGAGAAUGCUUUGGCAUUCUUUGCCGAAAAUGGCUAUCACUGUCCAGAAGCCUACAAUCCAGCUGAUUUUCUAAUUGGUGUUCUAGCAACUGAUCCUGGUUAUGAACAAGCUUCCCAAAGAUCAGCACAAUAUCUCUGCGAUCUUUUCGCUGUAAGUUCUGCAGCUAAACAAAGAGACAUGUUGGUGAACUUGGAGUUCCACAUGGCUCAAACUGGUGACUUUCCAUUUGAUUCCGAAUUGGAUACAUUCUCCCCACCGCUAUGGCCGAAGCGAUUCUAUUGGGUGUGGCGUCGAGCGACAAUUGCAGCUUUUAGAGAUCCAGCUGUUCAAAUGUUGCGAUUUGUUCAGAAAAUGGCGAUUGCUAUUAUUAUUGGAGCAUGUUUUGCAGGAACGACCGAUAAAUCACAGCUUGGAGUUCAAGCUGUUCAAGGAGCAUUGUUUGUGAUGAUUUCUGAAAAUACCUACCAUCCGAUGUAUUCGAUAUUGAAUGUUUUCCCUCAAGGAUUUCCGCUAUUUCUUCGAGAAACUCGUUGUGGAAUGUAUUCGACAGCGCAGUAUUACAUUGGGAAUAUAUUGGCUUUGCUUCCUGGAAUGAUUAUAGAACCUUUGCUCUUUGUCAUAAUCUGCUAUUGGAUAGCAGGAUUGAGAGCAACUUUCUAUGCCUUUGCCAUAACAGCUGUUUGUGUGGUUCUAGUCAUGAAUGUGGCAACAGCUUGUGGGUGCUUCUUCUCAACAGCUUUCAAUUCAGUUCCCUUGGCAAUGGCCUAUCUUGUUCCGUUGGAUUACAUCUUCAUGAUUACAUCAGGAAUUUUCAUAAAAAUUAGUACCCUUCCUAUGGCAUUCUUUUGGACACAAUAUUUUUCCUGGAUGCUGUAUGCUAAUGAAGCUAUGACUAUUGUUCAAUGGAAUGGAGUUCAAAAUAUUACUUGUUUUGAGGAGAGUGAUGAUUUGCCAUGUUUCCAUUCGGGAAAAGAUGUCCUCGACAAAUACAGUUUCAAUGAGGCGAAUUUGUAUCGAAAUCUCUUUGCAAUUCUAGCAAUUUAUUUUGGAUUUCAUGCUUUGGGAUAUUAUUGUCUUUGGCGAAGAGCCAAAAAAAUAUAAAUGGAAUUUUGUAAUAUUGACAAAGUGUUACCUAGUUAAUUAUAAGGCAAUGGGGCUCGAUUUAGUCAAUAUAAUUUUUUUUAUAAUAAUUG